GAGGCGGAGCGAGUCCAAAAUGGCGGCUCUCAGGCUGGCGCGCUCCGUGCUGCUGGCGCUUUGAGGUGGUCGCCGGGGGUCCGGGGGACGAUUUCCCCGCCUCGAGGGCCCCAGAGAAUGACUUGGGGGCUCUGCUAAGGUCAGGCGGCGGGGCUGGAGAGGAGUGGCAGCAAGAGCUGCGGUGGCGUCCACGCAGCGGGAUGUGCGAGAGUUACUCCAGGUCGUUGUUGAGGGUCUCGGUGGCGCAGAUCUGCCAGGCGCUGGGCUGGGACUCGGUGCAGCUCAGCGCCUGCCAUCUCCUCACCGACGUGCUGCAGCGCUAUUUGCAGCAGCUGGGCCGGGGCUGCCAUCGGUACUCUGAACUCUAUGGCCGAACUGACCCAAUUUUGGAUGAUGUUGGUGAAGCUUUCCAGCUUAUGGGCGUUAGUCUUCAUGAACUAGAAGACUAUAUUCACAAUAUUGAACCUGUUACUUUCCCACAUCAAAUCCCUUCAUUUCCUGUUAGCAAGAACAAUGUGCUCCAGUUUCCACAACCUGGAAGUAAAGAUGCAGAGGAAAGAAAAGAAUACAUUCCGGAUUACUUGCCACCCAUUGUGUCUUCUCAAGAAGAGGAAGAAGAAGAGCAGGUGCCCACCGAUGGGGGCACAUCAGCAGAGGCCAUGCAGGUUCCCUUGGAAGAAGAUGAUGAAUUGGAGGAGGAAGAAAUUAUUAAUGAUGAGAAUUUCUUGGGUAAGAGACCACUGGACAGUCCUGAAGCUGAAGAGAUGCCUGCCAUGAAGCGACCACGACUGCUAAGCACUAAAGGAGACACCCUGGAUGUGGUGUUACUGGAAGCUCGAGAACCACUCAGCUCAAUAAAUACCCAGAAGAUUCCACCAAUGCUUUCUCCAGUCCAUGUACAGGACAGCACUGACCUGGCCCCUGCGUCACCUGAGCCACCAAUGUUGGCUCCAGUAGCAAAAUCACAAAUUCCAACUGCAAAACCAUUAGAAACAAAGGCAUUUACACCUAAAACAAAGACCAAAACUACUUCUCCAGGACAGAAAACGAAAUCACCUAAAACUGCCCCAUCACCAGCAAUAGUCGGAAGUCCUAUUCGUUCCCCAAAAACUGUAUCCAAAGAAAAGAAGUCACCUGGACGUUCCAAGAGCCCCAAAAGUCCCAAGAGCCCUAAAACUAUGACUCAUAUUCCCCAACUACCUGUUAGACCCGAAACACCAAAUAGGACUCCUUCAGCUACAAUAAAUGAAAAAAUCAGUAAAGACACAGUCCCAGUGAAACAAACACAGAAUCCUCCUGAUGCUGGGAAACUGAAUAACGAGACUCAGCCGAGAAAGGCUGUUGUAACUGAUAGAACAAUUGAUGACUCUAUUAAUGCUGUGAUUGCACGAGCCUGUGCUGAGCGGGAGCCAGAUCCUUUUGAGUUUUCUUCUGGGUCAGAGUCCGAAGGAGACAUUUUUACAAGCCCUAAGAGAAUUUCAGGUUCGGAGUGUACCACUCCAAAAGCUUCCACUUCCUCGAACAAUUUCACAAAGUCAGGGUCCACUCCUCUGCCUCUUUCAGGUGGAACUUCAAGUUCUGAUAACUCAUGGACAAUGGAUGCCUCAAUUGAUGAGGUUGUCAGGAAGGCAAAACUGGCAACACCUCCCAGUGUGCCUGCCAGCUUUCCUUAUAUCUCUUCACCAUCGGUUUCUCCUCCCACUCCCGAGCCUCUCCACAAAGUAUAUGAGGAGAAAACCAAGCUGCCUUCCUCUGUGGAGGUAAAGAAGAAGUUGAAAAAAGAGCUAAAGACUAAAUUGAAAAAGAAAGAAAAGCAGAGAGAUAAGGAGAGGGAAAAAGACAAAAGCAAAGAAAAAAGUAAAGAGAAGGAUAAAGUCAAAGAGAAAGAAAAAGAAGCUGGCAGGGAAACAAAAUACCCAUGGAAGGAAUUUCUUAAAGAUGAAGAUUCAGAUCCCUAUAAGUUUAAAAUAAAAGAAUUUGAAGAUAUCGAUCCAAAAGUUAGAUUGAAAGAUGGAAUUAUGAGGAAAGAGAAGGAUAAGCAUAAAGAUAAGAAGAAAGAUAGGGAAAAGGGUAAAAAAGAUAAAGAUAAGAGAGAAAAAGAAAGGGCUAAAGAAAAAGGACGAGAAGAUAAGAUGAAGGUGCCAACAACACCACUGGUGUUGCCCCCCAAGGACAUACCUCUGCCUCUGUUCAGCCCUGCAGCGGCAGUGAGGGUCCCCUCCCUGCUGCCUGCCUUGUCACCGAUGCUCCCUGAAAAACUGUUUGAGGAAAAAGAGAAACCUAAGGAGAAGGAAAGGAAAAAAGACAAAAAGGAAAAGAAGAAAAAGAAAGAGAAAGAAAAGGAAAAGGAGAAGAAAGAGAAGGAAAGAGAGAAGGAGAAAAAGGAGAGAGAGAAAAGAGAAAAAGAAAAGGAGAAACACAAGCAUGAAAAAAUAAAAGUGGAACCAGUCAUUCCAGCCCCAAGUCCAGUUAUCCCCAGAUUGACUCUGCGAGUUGGUGCUGGCCAAGACAAGAUAGUCAUCAGCAAAGUGGUAUCAGCCCCAGAGGCUAAGCCAGCACCUUCUCUGAAUAGACCCAAGACCCCACCUCCCACCCCAGCUGCAGCCCCUGUGCAUGUGAACCCCAGCCCACUGCCACUGCCACUCCUGCCCCAGGCCACAGCGUGCCCUGCUCUGUUGCCAUCUCUGGCCCCUGCCCUGGUGGCAGGGGGAAGCUCCAAGGCGCCUGUGCGGAGUGUGGUGACCGAGACCGUCAGCACCUAUGUGAUCCGAGACGAGUGGGGCAAUCAGAUCUGGAUCUGCCCUGGGUGUAACAAGCCGGACGAUGGGAGUCCGAUGAUCGGCUGUGACGACUGUGAUGACUGGUACCACUGGCCCUGUGUUGGGGUAAUGGCUGCACCCCCAGAAGAGAUGCAGUGGUUCUGCCCAAAGUGUGCCAACAAGAAGAAGGAUAAAAAGCACAAGAAGAGGAAGCACCGAGCGCACUGACGACCCCGGAGGGCGGGGGAGCAGCGGCAGCUCAGCCCCUCCUGCGCCCUCCCUCCUUCCCUUCCUUCCUCCUGGCAGGAGCCGCAGGCGUCUCUGCCUCCCCAAGGCCGUGGCUGAUGAGCCCAGGAAGGUGGAGGACAGCAUGGUGCCACUCAGAACUCUCGAUCGGACCGCCCCUGCCCUAGUACACACUGACCUGUGGGCCCAAGGCCACGGGAGUGCAGGACUCCAGCAGGGACGCAGCCUUGGGGCCACGCACCUCCACGUUUCUAUUACCAGUGACAAGUAUUAAUAAAGACCGUACAUCGUCCCUUUUGAUUUCCUUUAUUAUCUGCAAGGCCUUUUCAUUAAGGUGUUAGAUGAGAAGAUAAUGUAAACCACCUUGAUUGUAAUUUAAGGAUGAUACCAUUAAUCUGUAUACAGUUUUCAGCUCCUUUCCCUCUAUAGUAAGAUAAUCAUAACAUAAAACUCCAGUUGGAGGAGCAUUGGUAAAUAUUUUUGUGAUGAGAAUAUAUGAAGCUUCCCUCCUCCCUCACCCUGUUUUUAGUACUAACAUGUAAAAUGUUCAGGCUUUUGUGAAAUACCUUAUAUUUUUUAAGAAAAAGGUUUCUAUCAUGUCCUGUUUGCUUCUGUGCAAAUUAUUUUUGUUUAUUCUAAUGUAUUUUGUACCUUUGUUGCAUUCUAAUUUUGCCCUUCUUUAAACUGCUAGAGUCUCUUUGCUGCUUGUACAUUUCAUCAACUUGUAUAAAACUUCAUACUAAAAAAUUUCCCCUAAUGUAAAUAAUAAAUAUUUAUGAAGUAGUUAUUUUUUAAAUUUUUAUCGUGUUUAAUUCUGGCUUUCUCUAAAAUUCACCGUGAUUUCAGCCAUGUCUGUAAUUACUGCUGUACAUAAGCAAAGGAGACUCGGAAGGGAGCCACGGUGGCAGCCGUUACCUGGAGGCGCCUGCCGAGCGACCGGGCCUGGGGCAGAGGACCUAGCAGCUGGGACGCACAGGCUUCUUAAACUUGUAGCUUAUGAUUUGGGAUUGUUUCCUUUGUUACCUAUUUUGUUUCUGUAAACUUAUUUGACUUUUAUUAAAAGGGCAUGUAGUUUCCAUGAAAGUAAAAACAAAAAGCCCAUCACUGUAGCAUUUCGUGUUACAUUGUUUUAUUUCUACAGACUCGUUCAUUGAUACUGUACUUUAAGGCUGAAAUGAAGUAGAUUACUUUUUUUUUAAGAAAACAUCAAAUUUCAGGGUAUUGCCCACUAUUUAUUAUAUGUUACAGGUAUCUGAAAAUAAACCAGAUAUUUUUAAAGUAAGAACAUCAAAUUUAACUUUAUUAGCAUAUUUUAGUGACUUGGGAAUAAACAGACUUUUACUUGAUUUUGAAAUAAUCCCAGUUGAGGCCCAUGUAAUGGAGAUCUCUAAUGCUAGAAUGUGGGCUUUGAACCUAAUUCAAAUAUAUUAAUAGAAAAUGUGAUUUUUUUGUGUUUGUUUGUUUGUUUUUUUUACUGGCAAGUCAGUUGGUAUUAGUGUGUGACUCAAUCAUAUUUUAGAACUUACUAUGUAGAUACAGGAAUGUGGUUUUCUGCCAUAAAUGUUAAAUUGCAAAUGGAUGAAAAUGGUUCAGACCUUUUAAAAAGUGCAGGGUAUCAUUGCCCUCCUUGUUCUGGAGGCCACAAUUUUUCUGUCCCUGCAAAAACAAAGUGUGUUGAGAUACAUGGUUUUUGUUUUAUUAAUUUGAAAUCAUUUAAAUACUAUAUACAAUAUUUUCACAAUCACACGUAUACCCAUUAGUGCUUAUUUGGAGAGGGACAAGGGGUGGGGGAAGUACGAAA